GUGGCUGACACUGGACAGUGGACAGUAACACCGUGAUUGGCUUAAUUGAUGUGCAUUGUGCAUUUGUUAAGGAUGAACGUCUAUUCUACUCGUUAGUCAUUAAUACUUCGUCAAUAAUAUUGAUAUUGUUAAUUUUCAUACUAAUUCAAUAGCUCACAAUAUGCAUAUGUAGCUCAAACUUAUUAAGUCAUAAAUGAGUAGUUAUAAUUAAUUUCUUUAAAAUUUGUUAUAACUUAUUUUUAUCAACAUGUCAUCCAAAUCUGACAUCACGUUAGAACAAUUUUAUAUUUUUAAUAGCAAUUAUGCAAAGAAAGAAGGAGAGGAAAAAAACAAAAUUCUAUAUUAUUAUCCUGCAAAAACUGAUAUUGACAGUCAAAUUAGAAAUAUUGGACUUAGUGAAGCAAUAAUUAAAUUUACAGAAUCAUUUAACCCUGGGAAAUCCUGUGAUUAUUGCCACACUCAUAAAACUCGUCAAAUUUACUAUCAGCCUGAAACUGAUUUUUGGAUGGUUAUGAUUGUUGGUUUACCAUCAAUAACAAAAGAUAAAGAUGGUAGUGAAAAAACAGAAUAUCAAAAUGAUGAGGUAUCAAGUGCUGUUUGUCAAGCAAUAUUGAAACAAACAUACACCAUUUUUCGCCUUUUUAUGGGAUCAUUUAAUACAAUUUUGAAUGAACCUGACUGUGGUUCGGUCACAUUAUUAAAACAUAAACUGGAUCACUUCUAUUCAAGAUAUUUAUUAUCUUUGAAACUCAACAAUAGUGAUAUUUUAGAUAUUUUUCAAGGUUUACAAUUUCUACCGUUAGACAAAGUUACAUUUUUACGUGUUCAAUGUUUCAUGAAUUUAGUUGAGUCAACUUUUCCACAAGUGAAGUAUUCAGCAUUUUUAUAUAACGACCAACUUGUUUGGAGUGGCUUAGAACCUGAAGACAUGCAAGUAGUUUAUCAUUAUCUAGUAAACACUCUUUUACCAGCUCAUUUAGAAAAAGAGCUAGAUGGAGGAUCCAUUCCUCGCAAUUCUGCAUCACCAUUUAGUACAUUACACUAUGGAAAAUUCGUUACUGGACCUUCAAGUAUUAACGAUGUCAAAAAGUUGCCUAAAGUGUUCAUCAAUUAUUCAACAAAAGCUACACCUUUGUACUUGAUAGUUUAUAGGGCACUGAGUGCAACAGUUUGCUUAUUUGUUGAUAACACAAAUAGUCCCAUGUUUUACAGUAGUUUAGAUUCAUUUUUGGGAGUGCAAUUAACGUCAUUAGUAAGUGCUGUUGCAGAACAAUGUUCUAAGCAUUCAUUGUCUUCAUCAGAAUCAAGCCCUAAAUAUUUGUAUUUCAACAAAUUGAAUUUAGCAUAUAAAAGCACAAUUCAUUCUGACAGUAGACGUUUUUCCAGUGCCUUAACAACUCCAGAAGUUUUAAGAAUCAUAACCGACAUUAAUAGUGAUUCAAUAAGACUAAAAGAAGCUGGAGAAAUAGUUAUCAAAACAAUGAGCGAUUAUUGGAUUGUUGGCAAGCUAUCAAAUUUAAGAGAAUUUUUUGUUGUUAUCCAGCAAAAAAAUGCUAGUAUAAUUGAAAUUGAUGAAGAGGUGAAAAGAUUAUGUGAUCAAGAACUGAAAGGCAUUUUUUUUUAUUGAAGUUAGUUAUUAUAAUAGUUAUCAAAAUUAUUAUUAUUUGAUAAACUGAUUUAGGUUUGAUGUUGCCAAAAAUGAGUUU